AUGCCCAACAUAUCUCGCUGGAAGGCCAUUGACCGCGCCCUGGGUUUCGAGAGACAACCCGGGGUCGGUGGCAGCGGCCACCAUCGCGACUGGCUUCACCAAGAAGAGCAAGCCUUGCUUCCGCAGCUUCGCAAUGAGCACCUGCAGACAUCUGUGCCACCUGCCGAGGUCACCAAAGUGUGCCUCCGCCUGCGACAUCUGUUGCAGGAAUGCGUCCCAUGCGAAAUGGACGAGGCGCGCAUAACGACGCCGCACAGUCGCAUCAUUACGACCAAGGUCGUCAAGGCCGCCAAAGAGGCUGGUGGCCAGGAAUACAAGGGCUGCGUGGUCUACUGCUUGCUCGUCAACGAGCGUUGGUUCCGACAUGAGGCUCUCGUAGAGCUCUGGGAUGCCGGUCUCCAUAAGUUGCGAGCCGUGGCCUGUGGUGUCAUUGCCAAGGCUAUCAUCGAGACCGAGGACGACACAAAUUACCUCCUGCAUGCUGUCCUCCUUCGGCGGUACUCCUUCCUCUCCAGAGGUGCUCCCACGAUGCCAGUCAAUGUAAUUGAAAAGGCUGUCGACUUGCAUUCUGUCCGCGUCAUUGGUUCCUCGGGCUACCAGAAGUGCAUCGGCUACCUUUGGCGAGGCUGGCUUGUGCAGGACGAAAACGACCCCUCGGUCUUCGUUGACUAUGCCGACAAAGAUAAUACCAACUUUCUGGUCCACAUGGACCCUGACCGAAUGAGGGCACCGAGGUACCAGAACGCCGCUCAGCUGCUUUUCUCCGUCAUCUAUCUCAUACUCUACACUUCUGCCAUCAACUCCGUCAACCGGCGGGGCGAACUCGAUGCAGCGGAGGUGCUGAUGUAUAUCUUCACCCUCGGCUACGUAUGCGACGAGUUGGUCAAGUUCUACAAGGCUGGAUACCACAUUCUUGGCUUCUGGAAUGCAUUCAAUGGCGUCCUGUACUCCUUCCUGACGGCAUCGCUCGUUAUACGCAUCAUCGGGCUAGUCGCGCCGGCCGACUCACCUGACCGCAAACAUUACAGCAAGCUGAGCUACAACAUCCUGUCCUUUGUCGCCCCCAUGUUCUGGUCGCGACUCUUGCUGUACUUGGACAGCUUCCGCUUCUUUGGCGCCAUGCUCGUCGUCCUCAAAGUGAUGAUGAAGGAGUCGGUCAUCUUCUUUGCCCUGCUCAUCAUCAUCAUCAUUGGUUUCCUACAGGCGUUUAUCGGCCUCGACCUGACUGAUGACAACGUCGCUGAAGAUGCGUUGUUCAUCGUCGAAUCCAUGUUGAAGGCAAUCUUGCAGAGCCCCGAGUUUGAAGGCUUCGAGGGAUUCGGUCCCCCUUGGGGAAUCAUCCUUUACUAUUGCUUCACGUUUGUUGUCAUGAUCAUCCUCCUUAAUAUUCUUAUCGCCCUUUACAAUUCGGCCUAUGAAGACAUCUACGAGAAUGCCGACGACGAAUACCUUGCCCUGUUCUCCCAGAAGACGAUGCAAUUUGUGCGGGCCCCCGACGAGAACGUGUAUAUUGCGCCUCUUAACCUCAUCGAGAUCGUUAUAUCUGGUCUCUUUGAGUGGUGGAUGAGGAAGAAGACCUACGAGUUCAUCAACGACUGCGUCAUGGGCGUCUUGUAUUCGCCACUGCUGUUCGUAGCGGCCUGGUUCGAAACACGUACGGCGCAUCGCAUCCGACACAAUCGUGCCAGAGGCGAAGAGGACGACGACGUGGUGGAGGAGUGGGAGCAUGACGCGCACGAACUUGACUUUGAGGCGGAGGGAUGGACCAAGAAAUGUGACGCUGUCAAGCCAAACUUGGAAGAUGACCCUGCUGUGCUGGAGGUCAAGAAGCUGCGGGAAGAGGUGGAGGAGCUGAGGGCCCUACUGGCCGAGAUUGGACGCGCCGUUGGUGCAAGCAACGACGAGAGGGGGUCAAAGUCGGAGCCAUCUGGAAAGCUCUACGAGUCUCAGCGCAGUGACGACACCAAGGUCCCCGAGUCUGAGCAUGGUGACGAAGAAGGCGGUUCCGGCUCUGGUGGAGGAGGGAACGAGGAGUAG